UUGACUUUUUCCGGUGCUGUGAGGCAGUGGGGGAGGGUGGCUCUCACCCUUGCUGGGGACUCUGAGCUGGUCUACUAGGUGACUUGGGCUCAAAGAUGGAGCACAGCAGGUUUCUGGUUGGCCUGAUACUGGCUGCCCUUCUCCCCCAAGCAUGUCCCCUCAAGAUACCAGUGGAAGAGCAUGAGGACAGAGUGAUUUUGACCUGCGACAACUACAUCACGUGGCUAGAGGGAACAGAAGGACAACUGUUCUCAGACCAUAAAAGUUUCGACUUGGGAAAGCGCAUCCUGGACCCACGAGGACUGUAUCAUUGUGGUGGGACCGGUGAUGAAACCAACCAAAAUGCUACUGUGCAAGUAUACUACCGAAUGUGUCAGAACUGCGUGGAGCUGGACUCAGCCUCCCUGGCUGGCAUUCUCAUCACCGACAUCCUUGCGACUCUGCUCCUUGCUUUGGGGGUCUACUGCUUUGCUGGACACGAGACUGGAAGGCUUUCUCAGGCUGCUGACAUGCAAGUUCUGUUGAGGAACGACCAACUCUAUCAGCCCCUCAGAAAUCGGGAUGAUGCUCAGUACAGCCAUCUUGGAGGAAACUGGCCCCGGAACAAGUGAACCUGUCUCCGGUGGC